CACUCCGCGUGUGUCGAGCGUGAAAUAAUCAGUUGAACCAUGAUAACAGCAAGAUAACAGUAACAGUGAGUGUGCGGCAAGGCGUCGGCCCACACGAAGGAAGGACUCCAUGUGCAUCAUCAGGUAGGUGGGCUCGCGCGCUCAUCGCUCACUCAACCCUUGAUGCCUACCGCCCUGCUGGGCCCUUGACCCUGCUUGCCCUGCUCCUGCUCUCGCUGAUUGCACUUGGGCGCGCCAUCUGUCGUCCUGCGUCCGCCUCGGGUGUGCUACUUGCCGCCGCUCGUCGUCAUGACUCCGUAGAGUGCGCGCGCGGGGUGAUGGGUGCGUCAGCCUUGGCUGGCGGAUGGAGAAGUUCCUCGAGUACGUGCCUGCGUAGCCCCCGAGCCCGCGGACCCCGGUGGGCGCUGUGGCCGCCAUGCUGAGUGUGGGCGGGCUGCCGGUGCCCGCCGCCCCCGGGAACGGGCACCGACGUUCCAGAAGUGACUGUGGCCUCAACAAGCGGGAUGCAGUGGCCGACCUGGCUCCCCUGGACGGCGCCCGGACGCCCACCGGCCUUCGGUCGCACUCGCCGCUGCCCGGCGGCCGCCCCCGCCAUGACAUACAGCGGAACGCCCACACGCGGCCGCACACGCCCAUCAUGAUGCGCUCGCCGUCCACUUCGUCCAUUCCUGAAAUCUUCAUCAGCGGCGACGACGCCGACUGCCCCGGCAUGUCCCCGGUGACGCGCCUCGCCGUCUUCUCGCUGGCAGACUUCAUCGAGACCGUCACGCCACGAAAGAAGGGCAACUCCAAUGAAGUGGGUGGCAGCGGCCGGGGGGGCGGAAGCAGCCGGCGGCGCUCCCCCCUGUCGGUACGCAAGUCGGCGGCGGGCGCGCUGGAAGUGAACUCCACUCCCGGCGCCGCGAACAACGUGUCGGGGGUCGCCGGGGGGCACGGCCAGGCCACGCCGCAGCAGGCCAGGGCAACGCGGCUGCCCAACACCCACUCGCAGCAGGACGACGGCGCCGCGCACUCCUCCAAUGAAGACUGCGAUGCCGAGACCGUGCCGUCCUCGGGAGUGUCAAACGGGUCGGGCGAGCUGGUGGAGACCCUGCGCGGGGGCGACGUGGACGACGACGAGCACAGCCCCCACAUCCAGCGCACGAGAGAGGCGCUCGAGCACAUCCAGGCCAAGAUCCAGAAAACCAGAGACCUCAUCAAGGAGGAACAGAAAGCUCGCGACGAGAAUGUAAAUGAAUACCUUAAGCUCGCUGCCAAUGCUGACCGGCAACAGCUGGCCCGGAUCAAAGCAGUGUUCGAGAAGAAGAAUCAGAAAUCUGCCACGUUGAUCCAGCAGCUCCAGAAGAAACUAGAGAACUACCAGAAGCGCCUUCGGGAGAUCGAGACUCACGGGUUGGUGGUGGCGCACCGGCAGCCCAAGGAGGUGCUGCGGGAUAUGGGCCAAGGCCUCAAGAGUGUUGGUGGAAACAUUCGCGAUGGCAUCACUGGAUUUUCGGGGACGGUGAUUAAUAAACCAAAGGAGAUAGCACAUUUGAUCAAGAACAAAUUUGGCUCAGCGGACAAUAUCAAGGAGCUUGCGGGUGAAGAUGACCGGGACGAGGACCGGGCACACCAUGGGUCAGCCACACUCCCCGCUGGUGCUAGCCUUAUACCUCCACCCUCCUCAAACCAUGGAGUUGAUCUGCAUCACCACCACAAUAUCUCUGCUAAUCUCUCUAGCCAUCACCAAAGUUCCUCAGCACAAGGUGCAGGUGGGAGUAGCAGUGGAGGACACCAAGGCAGUAAAAUUGGCUCAGAGGAGGGAUCUGAAUGCAAUUCCUCCAUCACAAGUGAGAGUGUCCCCGGAGGCAGCACAACACUAGGGCACCUGACAUCACCAAGAAACCACCAUAGCCAGUUAACUGGUGUAGACUUCUACACCUUACCAGGUGGGACAAGUUUAGAGCCGCUAUUACUAGAACUGAGAGAGAGUCGAGAAGAGUCGGCUCGUUUAAGAGAGGAAAUAGAGACCAUAAAGCAAGCCUUGGCAGCAGAAGUAAAUUCGAUGCGGGAAGGUUUGGCCGAAGAGCGUUUCAGAUGUGAUCGACUUGAGGAGCAGGUUAACGAUCUGACGGAGCUACAUCAGAACGAGAGGAAUUUGGUAACCAAUAUGGCUGACAUGGAAGAGAAAGUGCAGUACCAGAGUGAAGAGCGCAUUCGGGACCUACAUGAAAUAGUGGAAAAUUGCCACACUAGGAUCUCAAGAAUGGAGCAUCAGCAGGCACAACAGCAGCAGCAGUACCUGACUUUAGAAGGUUUAGAAAACAGCAAUGCUCGAGCUGUAUUCGUAAAGCUUAUUAAUGUCUUAUUAACUGUGCUACAGGUCCUACUGUUAGUGGUAGCCACUGUAGCGAGCAUACUGACCCCGCUGAUGCAGACUCAGACGCGCAUUGUUGUCACCACAACAUUAUUUUUCUUCCUCAUCUUCAUAUAUAUACAAAUGCCAGAGUUGAAAGAGCUCUGGGGAAUGAUAAGUGAGCGUUACAAACAGUUGGUCACAUUCAAAUAGUUCUUGUUCCUUUAGAUUUCGUUCCUCUCUCAAGAACUUCGAUAGAAACUGACAUAUAUGAGGAUGUGUUCUUUCCAUUACAGUGUCAUUUAAAAUACAAAGACAUCUAGAGAAAUUUUUUGUUUCAAUUUAAUGUGAAGUUAAUUUUUCACAUCAUUAUAUAUACACAUGCCACAACACACACCAAUACAUGCAUCUUUUCCACAAUACAUACCUUGAGCAUUCUCACAUACUCAUUUAACAGACCCACACAUGCAGCACAAACAGAUAAACAGUUUCUGUCCAGUGAACAUCAUAAGCAAGAGGAUCAUAUUGAUUCCUUAGCUCAAAUAUUUUGACUUAGUGAAUAUGACUUGGUUCUGGCACAAGCGAGCCGUGGUGUAAUUAUGUCCGUUUUGAAGAGUUCCGACAGAAAAAGUGGAAAAUUUACCCGUAUAGAAAAUGAUGACAAAAAUGUACUACCUUCAGUGUGAUUAUUGCUUGGUAGUUAUACCAGAUACUGAAGCAGAUGAACAAGGAAAGGAAAGGUUAUUGUUAAGCCUGGAUGUGGAAGUGCUGUGACCAAGUGAUUGUUGAAAAACUUUUCAAAUGUUUAUUUAGAUAAUUUCCACCAGUUCAAGUGCUGUGUGGAGAUAACUCCAGCUGGUCGGCUCUUGUAGGGCUCGUGUGAUAGCAUUAACCAAAGUUGGACAAUAUAAAGUACUGUGUUUUUGUAGCGUGCUGAGCUAUGGCCUUUGCUGGGUGCAGCAUGUAGCCAGUAGGGUAAAUGGUCAAAAGUAAGUACAUGGAGAUAACAGAUCAGUGGUCAGCACUAUGUAAAACCCCAGAUAUUGUUUAAAAGUGGUAACUAUGUUGUAUGUUAUAUGAGUGAACCUAUGGAAUCACAUAUUCCUGCCAAUAUUUUAUAUGAAAGUAUGAACCACACUUCUAUUGUGCUGACAGCAGAUCCGAUGCCUAGAACAUGCUGACAAUUGAUGAUUUACUCUUCUCUGCUCUCUACAAUUUUCUCUGGAACUGUUAGUUCCUUUUGUCUCUUAAGCAGUCUGAAAUGUACCUCUAGCUAGUACAGACAUGCUAUUCUCUGCUCUCUUUCUGUGAUUUAUCACAGUUUUCGUUUUCACUUGUUAUUGUAGGGUGGUUAAACAGAAAAUUAGCUGAUUUGAUAUCAUGGAGUGCAUACAUAUAGGGGUUUUGAAUGGUGCUGGUGGAGAUGUAUGUAGCCUCUCAACUAUUUCUUUAGUGUCUCAUGAGUAGUAGAUAGAUUUGUGGGUCUUACUAGGGAAAGAGAUGGGUGUACUCUGCUAACACCAGCAUUAUUCACACCUGCAAUUCUCUCAUGCUAAAAUUUCAUCACAAUAUUAAGUAAUGUUCCAUCUUGAGCUUCCUGUGGAUUUAGAAUUCCGCAGUCACUCAAUGAGUCGUAAGAACUGAUUAAAUGUCUGGUAUUUCUUUAUAGCAAAAGUUAUGGUCACUGAAUUGCAAUAACCUAAUGUGAUGAUUAGUAAUUAGAUAGAAAAUUUGACAUGUGGGAUAUUUAAUAUUUAAAUAGUGUUGAAAAUAAUGAUCCCAUUGUAUGAUUAAAGUUUAGAAAUUGAAGCUGCAUAACUUUGCAAUAUAUUUUGUUGUAUAACUAAAUGUACACACAUAGUAAUGGAGAAAAGAUUUUAACCAAAAUAUUUACAGCAUUUGUUAGUUCUUUUAAUGAUAUUCAGUGACUAACAGGUAAAAUGGAGCUUUUAGAAGUAGAUAUUGCCAUGUACUUACAUACACUCUGUGUUCAGACACCCCAGACCUGGCAUGAAUAAUGUGGGAGUGGAUCUACCAAGAGCAUUUAAUUAGAAGCUGCAUCUUGGGAAGAUAAUUGUGUAUUGUAUUAAUAUGAAUAGAUGGUAUAGAAAAGAAAAGUGUUAGCAGCAUGAGAGUAAUAAUUUAGGGUGUGGUAAUCCACAGACACCCUUUGAGUACUGAGGCUCUUAUAUACUUGUCCCAUCACCCUGUGUACAUUAUAAUAUUGUGGCUCAUUUUUAAUGAUUCAGUUGCUGAAGUAUUAUAUGAGGUUUUUAUUUCAUUGUGUCUUGAAUAGACAUACACUAGAAAUAUACAUAGUUUCAUGUUAUUCAUUAAUGAAACUUUAUUCUCACAUAAUGCAUCAGUUACUGAGUCCCAGAUUUUUAUUAUGAAGGAAUACUUUGGCUGUAAAAUCAGCUGCUUGUUUUUACAAGUAUCAAGUUGGCCUUGGGUGCAAUGCACACAUCAGGAGCUCAUAUGGGUUCUCAUCAGGCACAUGUGCAGGGCCCACAGUCAUAGCUUCUGGCAUCAGGGAGGAGUUGGGGGUGUUAUGAUACAGCUUUUGCAGUUCACAAAUAGAUAUUCUUUGAUUAUAUCAGCUACAAUGCUGUGUUUGUGCAAGCAGGUAUUGUCUUUUCCAUUCAUUCCCUGGGUGCCAGUCUUGUACUUCAUUGGCUGGGUAUAUAUAUAUGGCUGCCAACUUCUGUAAUGUUUUGCUGACUUCAUACACAAUUUUUUAUGCAUUAUGUUUUGAGAUCUGAUUUUUGUAAAUUAUUCUUAUCACAGUUUGAUGCCAGUUUGGCAUGGUAGGCAUAUUAUCUUAGUUCUAAGCAUCUUUUUUUUCUUAGAAAAUUUCUAGUAAAGAUGACACUCCA